AUGGCAUCAUUGCAGGCUUCAAGAUUUCUGCUUUCUACUUCUUGCUCUUCUUGCACGAAAACAAGAUCCGCGGUCUCAAUCCCUAAAUUGCCCAAAUUCAGUAUCUCGGCCUCUAAAAUACCGAUCAAGAACCGCGAUUUAAUACUUGAAAAACCUAGUUUCGAGUUGGAUGGGUACACGGAAAGUCUCGAUCUUUCGAUGUUAGAGAGACAGAAGAAGAGAGGGUAUGAUGAUGAUCGGGUUUUGCAGAGGUCGCGACUUCUUGCGGUUCUUGAAGAAGUAAGAGACAGAGUAGAGAUGCAUAAGAACAUCAAAGAGCAACGUAACAACUGGAACUCUCUCUUGCUUAAUUCCGUCAACAUGAUCACUCUCACCGCCGCUUUGAUGCCCGGAAUAGCCUCCGUGAACAGCGUUGGAGGAGAUUCUGUUACCGCGGUAAAGAUAGCUUCAACGAUUUUACUAGCGUCUGCGACGGGUGUGGUUGCCUUGAUGAACAAGAUUCAACCCUCUCAGCUUGUGGAAGAGCAGAGGAACGCAACGAGGCUGUUCAAGCAGCUGAGAAACCGAAUCGAGAUGGUUCUAAGAGAAAAAAGUGAAGACGGAAUCAUAGAAGAAGACGUGAAAGAAGCGAUAAAAAGAGUGCUCUGUUUAGACAAAGCUUAUCCACUUCCUCUCAUGGGAACAAUGCUUGAGAAGUUCCCUCAACAAUUCAAACCAGCUACUUGGUGGCCUGAAACAAAACCCGAAUUCACUUCUCCGAGAACCGCGGUUAACGGGUGGAAUACUGAGCUAGAAGUGGAGAUGAGAGAGGUGGUUGAGGUUAUAAAGAGUAGAGACGCAGAGGAAUACGAGAGAUUAGGUAACGUGGCGUUGAAGUUAAACCGAGUUUUGGCAAUCUCAGGACCAGUGUUAACCGGAAUUGCAGCUGUAAGUUCCGGUUUUAUAGGUCACGGUUCAGGUUUGGCUGGAGUAGUAGCAACGACGUGUGCUUCUGUAGCUACCGUAGUGAACACGUUAGAGCAUGGUGGUCAAGUUGGGAUGGUGUUAGAGAUGUAUAGAAACUCUGCCGGAUUCUUCUCUCUGUUGGAAGAUACGAUCAAAACAGAGAGAAGAGAGAAUGGACAAGUUUUCGAGACCAAAGUAGCAUUGAAACUAGGGAGAAGCUUGUCUGAAUUGAGAGAUCUAGCGUCAAGAUCGAGCUUGUCUAGGUUACAUGGAUCAGCCAUUAAUGAAUGCGCAAGCAAGCUCUUUUAA